UAGAAACGCCCAAAUAGGUAUAUACUUGUGACCAAGGGCCUUGACAACGGUUGCUAGCCGCCAUGUUGGUGUACAACUAGACGCAUAUUGACUCGCAUCGCCAUACAACACUCUGUUACUCACUGCGACUUUACAUCGAAACUUACAAAGGUUUUACCAUGGUUAUAUUGUAAUCUUUUCCUCCUACUCAGUCCUCAUUCACUGCCGUACAAUCAUGAGCUUUAGAUAGAUUUGAGUAUUUCACUCGCUGCGCGCCAAUAUGCAGCACAAGAAAUGCUUUGUUAUCUAUUUACAUACAUGGGUACUAGUUUACAGGCACGUAUAGAUAGAGGUUGGGGGUUUCCGAUAUAAACAGACGGGGUGAUCGUCGGCAAAAAAAUGGAUUUUAACCCUAUUGAAUAGCACUUUGUUUGUGGUCAAAAGAAAUUGAUACCCCUAAGAGAUGUGGUGGAAGGAAUUUUUAACUCCAGAAUCGGGAAAACCUUUAAACACCUCCCUAAGGAAUAGCAGUUGGUCGAAAUUUUAUUCCUUAAAAUAUAUUACGAUCACCCUGGGACUUCUUCUCUUUCUUCUGAAGAAUUACCAAAUUUCAACUUUCUUCUUAAUAAUUUUAAGAAAUAUUUUUCAUGUUCCCGUAUAACAUGGCCAAAACUAUCACUAUCACAUGGCAUACACGCCAGCUCGUGUCUGUCAAUAGAUUGACAGCAUUACUCUUCAUCUCCUAACUUACGAGACCAAAGCCUUUUCAAACAGACAUCUGGCCUGUCUAUCAUCGAACGAUGAGCAUAGUCUGAUCUCAAAUCCAUUGUCACGCGAAGAUUAUUAUUGAACAAAUUAUGUGAUCUGAGCGUAGAGAAUAUAACUACAAAUUCGCGGCAUUUCUCUAUUCAGCUUAGUCCCUGUUCACUGUUGUGGAGAUAAUGAAGAUUUAUGAGAUAUUUUUUGUUAUAUCGGUCACCAUCUUAUGCCGGAACGCUGUUAGUGUUAGAAGUCAAAACAUAGACUGGAGGUGUAGUUCGAUGCUUCAAUCGUGUGAACUCAACAACGGAAUAAUUGGACUAAAAGGAAACCAGGGCUUUCCUGGACCCAUGGGGCUGGAUGGCAUACCAGGUAUUCCCGGUCCUCCUGGCGAUCGAGGGGACCCAGGAACGUCCCCAAGGGUACCCCCUUUUCCAUACUGGCACCGCGUCAAAGGCGCCAAAGGGGAGAUAGGAUUUCCAGGGAUCAAGGGAGAAAAAGGCUUGAAAGGGUUUCCAGGAACUCCAGGUGACCAGGGCAGGCAAGGAGUACCAGGAAAAAGAGGUUAUGAUGGGGCUAAAGGGCGUGAAGGGGAAGAUGGUGCGAACGGUCCUCCAGGAAGUCCUGGGUCUGCCAACAUGAACUGGAAACAGUGCGUGUUUGAGUUGGAGCUCAAUAAACAGAACGGAAUUAUAUAUGAAUGCCGCUUCCUAAAGUACAGCAACGUCACCUCGCUGCGUAUCAGUUACCAUGGCGACACGCAGAUAGGUCUGUGCGGUUCGUGCUGCAAGCACUGGCGUUUUCUAUUGGAUGGCCAGCCCUGCUGGUCACCAGGCCCCAUAGACGCGACAUACAGUGGGCUCAUGUUAGUCAACGUCAACCAGAGGAACACACUUCCGGUUUUUCGCCAUGGCUCCAUUUCCGGCUACUGCAAUUCUCUUCCCAGGGGGGUAGUGAGGGUUGCAUUAGAUUUGUCUAACUGCCCAGGGUACCCCUCUGAUUCUAUCGUAGUUAGCACCGAGGUUGUUGCGACAGGGAGAAUUAUUAUCGAAGAAGUCCCCGCCCCACAAGCACGCACUCUCAUCGGAUACAGAAUGAUGAACUUUUCCUGCUUCUGUUUGCUUUGGGUAGUGAUGCUAAUAAACAUCGUCUCAUGUCAGAGAGAGAAGGGACAGAGGCCGACGCCAAUGUUCUGGGGAAUCGAUAACUGUAACAAGCUUGAAGAAAAUUGCGGUAUGAGGUUCCAAGGCUCUAAAGGCACUCCAGGCGCACCUGGUGAUCCAGGCCUAUAUGGGCCACCAGGACCACCAGGCAAAAAGGGUCCAAAGGGUCCCAAGGGACGAACCGCCAUACUCCCUAACAAAGCAAUGAUAGGUGCGAUACCACCAUUUUACGGUCCUAAAGGAGAUAGGGGAGUACCCGGGAGACAAGGCAUGUAUGGACUAAGAGGCCCUCCUGGACGAAAAGGGGACCAAGGGACACGUGGCCCCCCUGGCUUGAAUGGGCCUACGGGGGCACAAGGAGACUCUGGCUUCCCUGGGGUACCUGGACCAAAAGGCUUCCCUGGGGGGAUAGGGUCUGUCAGGUCAUGGAAAAGCUGCACAUGGAAGUUUGACCCCACCCAAGAGUAUGGACUCGUGAAGGAAUGCGAUUUUGUCAAGCACCACUCGGCCACGCUACUCCGCGUGACGUAUGAGGGGAGCAUGCGCACUGGGUUCUGUACCAAGUGUUGCAAGAGGUGGUAUUUCACCUUUAACCUGGAGGAGUGUUCGGCACCACAUCGGAUCGAGGCGAGACUAGAGGGCUUGAAGGACCACCCUUUUCCCGAAUACCGACAUGACCAGCUAGAUGGGCAGUGUGUACUACCACAAGGAAGGGUCAACGUCGGGUUAUGGGUAGAGGACUGCACAGGCCACACGCGGUCUCCCAAGUCUAAUAUCACUUUAGUGGACAUGUCAGGAAGAAUGUUCAUAGAGGAAGUAGAUGUUGUGCAGAGUAAUAAUAGGAUUUAGGGUGUAAUUAUUUUAAUUUUAUGUUGAAUGUUUGUGAAGUACCACGUGAUUCUUCGCAUCCCAAAGAGACUACAGUACUCAAGACAGGGGGGAACUAGCUUUUCCCAAAAGGGAGGGGGGGAGGUUGGCUCAGUGAUUGUGGCUUUCUGGCAGCCCUUAGGUUGGGUUUCAAACCCCCUAAAUCCCCCCUCUCCCCCAGAUCCGCUACUGCAAGAGGUUUGAAUGACAAAGUUCUGGGAGCUGCAGGUUGACUUGAUAGUUCUUGGAGGCUUGAAUAGUUACUUAGAAUAUACAUUCGACUGAGCUCACACGAAUCAUCUAAUAGCUGUACCAAAUGCAGAUGAACCCAACUGAUUGUUUUCAUCUUCAAUUAAAAACCUUGUUUGAUUAUGGAUACGAGGAUCAAAUAAAUUCCAUAUCUUUUCAGAACAAUUGUUCUAAGCACAAAAUUUAAAUUCAGUAUUCUAAACAAAAUAAGCAAUAAUUUACCAAUAUCUUAACAAUGUCUUAUUACCUGUGCAAAAAUAGUUUAAUUCCAACCGACUGAGACAUUUGUACAGGAUACUCAUAAUAUGACUGCUAGGGAGGAAGAGUUCUGAUUAUAUUUGAAAAUGAAAGCCUGGGGUUGGGAGGAGCUUACCCUUUGUAGCAGAACAUCAUAUCAUUUAAUUGUAAGAGCAAGUUUUCAUUAUAGAACUUCAUUAAAUUUCAAAUCUGUAACAAAGAAAAUUGGUAGCGCUGGCACACAUGCAACUUAAACAAGACAGGAAUGUAAGUUGAGAGGCAUCAAGAUACCAAGAUAGUGGUUUUCAUUAACCGGUGAAACAAAGUGUGAUGGUCAAAGGGUAAUAGACAGUAAAACACAAAAGAGAACAAUAGAAUCAGAUCACAAAAAAGUGUAAUACGCUAAAGUGUAGUUCAUAGGUUAAUAAAAAUCACUCUAACAACCCAAGUUAUUUUUAUCCGAUCAGCAUUAUAUCAGAUGAUUUUUAUAUAUAAUAAAAUAACCAAAACACAGUU